AACAACCCACUGUACAAAACACAAGGACUAUAAUCGUGCUAGUGAAACACACACACACAACCUCACUCAAACUACAAGAUAUAUAAAUUCACAAAUGACUACCACACUGAUUCCAAUUAUUGCAGUUAGGUAGCUAGACUACCAGCCAUUGGAGAUUAUAACUACCUGUAACCGCACUGAAAUAACUAGAAGCGAGUUCAAAGAAUUCGACUAGCUUAAAUAAGCUCGUACCAAAGUUAUUGGACUCUAUUCUUUGCGAUUAGGAAAAUUUGCACGUAGAGUUUCACUUCCUCACAAGCUUUCAACUGUUUCUUCAAAGUGAGAUUUUAGCAUUUACCCAUCCAUUUUAAUGUAGGUUAUCGAUAAGUUACUAAAUAUAAUUAAGUCAAAUUUUUCACAAGCGGGAUUUUUGGUAUUAAGAGUUGAGGGCGCCUAUUCUGAUCCUGAUGAGCCGUAUUGAUCCGUGUUAUGGGCCUUGUUCUAGCGCUGCAGCAUAGCUAUUCAAACCAAAAGGAUGGGGUUUGUCUUGAGACUCCUCAGCUCUCGUCGGAAUUUGUUGACUUACAUCACUUACCAGCUGAACUUGCUCUCAAUAUAUUGUCGAGGCUCAAUGCCACUGAUCUAUAUCUAGCAUCUUGUGUUUGGUAUGAUCUUGCUUACGAUGAGGUGUUGUGGAAGAGUUUGUGCAAAGCUUCGUGGCCAUUUUGCUCGGCGUACAAGAAUGGCGUACUUCAAUCUGAGCCGUCAUUCCGUCGAUUGUACCUUAAGCUAGAUGAAGCGCGUUUGACAUUUAACGCAGACGCCUUUGAAGGUAUGGGGUACAUCUUCAGACAUCGUCUUGUUGACGAUAAUACCGAUGAUCUUGUUAACUUUUUCCACUAUGCUUCCGGAUUAGAUCCAUUCCAGAAGCGUCGAUAUCUGGAAACGAGGCCCCAGGUUCUACGCGGACUGGUGAAUUUAAAAGAUUUCCGGAACUAUUCAUUACCAAAUGCGUUAAGAGGUCUUUUUACUGAACUGCCAGUACAAUCAUCAGAACCUAGCGCGUCAGCUUUCAUUCACCUGUUGGUCGGUCUGUUUUCCGAAAGAUUUACUCAAUGCAAUCCAGAUCUUGGGAUCACACGUGAUGAGAUCUAUUUACUGUGCUUUUCAAUGAUCAUGUUAUCCGUUGAUCUCUGGAGCCCAUCCAUCAAAAAUAAAAUGUCUAAACGUGAAUUUAUUCGCAAUACAAGACAAGUGGCAACCACAACGUCGGAUGAGUUUUUGGGAAACUUAUAUGAUAAUGUGUAUAUUGUUGGGCAUGUCGUACUGAUCGAUUGUUCUGGACCUCCCUUCCGUCAUUCUGAAGUUAAAGCAAUCCUUGUGAGGAAUCAACCUCUGUCAUUACCUGCUUUUUAAAUAAAUUAACCAGUAGUUAUUUCAUCCACUGUGAUUUAUUUUCAUUAUUUUAUGCUAUUUUUUGUACUUUAAAUUAUAACGUUAAACAUUCACACAAUGAUUCAGUUCAAAUUAGUUAGUGUUGUGUUUUAUUUUGACUUGUCAGUUAGUUAUUUGUUGGUUAACUAAUAAACAACUAGUUUCAUAUCAAGGCUAUUACAGCAAAUAGUCGUCAAUUUUUCUUUUCAUAGUUAUUUGUAAACCAAACGAAACAGACAUCAGUAAACUAGUCAUAUACACUGUAAUCUACCUGAAACACAACUUCAUAUAAGAGAAGUUAAAAGGCAUUGUUAAUUGAGUGAUAUAUUAUAUACGUUCUCAUGGAUUUACUUAAUAUUAGUGAAGAAUUUUAUUUCAAAGUAAUACAAAUCAACAUUUUCCCUAUCAUUCUAUGAAAAGUCGAAUCUUGUUCCUUUACAUUACUUUUCGAAUAUACAUAUUCUAUUUAUGAGAUAGUUCGUUUUUACAUUUUCUAAUAAGUAAAUUUAUGUGCAUCUUUCCAAGAUAUAUUUAAUCGACCACUACUAGAUUAGUAAACUUACUAAAAAUUCUGAUGUACCACUGAUUCAUGUAAAUGAUGGUAAAACGUAUAACUUACCUAGUUACUUUAUUACCACGUAGUGCCUUCAAUGCCCAAGUUGAAUCUUGAUUAGCUCUUUUAUGAUCUGAAUACUUAAAAUUUAUGUUAACAGAAUUUACUGUGCAAUCUGUAUCUAAGAUCAAUGUCUUAAAGUAAACUGGUGUCCUUGUAACCCAUCAUCUGUCUUUAAGUAGCUCUAUGAAAUUGGUAGUCAUUUUCAUCGUAUCACUAGUGAAGUUAUUUGUCUUUUGUAGUGUAGGUAUCAAUAACAAGGUUGGAUUAGUUACUUCCGAAUAAAUUAGGCAUUAGGUAUCUAGUAUUUCUUACAAAAGACUUAACAAUGGCUGUUAACACGGUUUAAUUACUAAGUACAAGUUAUUGUACUCGGAUUUGAAUCAUACUUAUUAUAAGAGUCACUGAUAUUGAGCGGCUUCCAAAUCGAAGUCAGUUGAACAUAAGCAACACAGAAAUUGAAGUAUAUCUGCCUCAGUUCAAGUCACUACGCUGCAUCAGCACAACGAGAUGAAAUUAUCAUGAUAAAUACCAGAGUAUUAGGAGUUGUAGUAUUACCAGUGAUGGUAAAGAAGAUUUUGUAUAGAGAAUAUUAUUAUGGAAGAAAGGAUUUAUUCGAAGAAUAAACCUUAAAAAAUAGUUCUAAAACUAGAUCAUAGAGAAGACGAAUGAAUUCAUGUGUGCCAUCGUGAUCGAUUAUGAAACAUAUUACCCAUGGUUUGUAAUUCCCAAUCGCGGUUAUCGCCCCGACCUAACCUAGUAAUCUAUGCUUACCAUCAGCUCAGACCGACAAACAAUGACUUCAUGGACUAAUUCCACGUUUUAGUUUGUGGGCAUCUAAAUUCCUUUCGUUCUAUUGCAGCAAACAUUGCUCAUCAGAAUUUAUGUGCGAAUAAUUUGUAUCAACAUUAAUUAUUGUUUAGUCUGUCCAUAUAUCAGGUUAUCGCUUAGAUUCUAACUGGUUUUUUCGAAUAAAUGUCUUGGGUUCAACCACUAUUUAUUUACUAUUCACUAAUCUGACAUCCUACUCUGUAAUAAGAUGUUUGGGUAACUACUUAGUACGUUGCCUUCAUACAAUAAAGUAAACAACAUUGCUCCAAAUUCGCUUUUGUCGUUUAUAUUAAAGACCUUUAUAUUACAAAAAAGCUGUCCGUGUCACGUGUUCACUUUUUUCUGUUAUAGUUGAUCUUUUUAUAGAAAAAGGAAAUUCGGAUUAUUUUGAGUCACAACAAAGAUAAACUAGUAUUUUUGAACACCUAAUAUAGAUAGGUUUUUAUUAUGCAAACUGAUAAAUUAUCCAUCACUAAGAUUAGUAUUGACAUUACAAUUUAUAGAUCGGUCGCCGUUACUUAUAUCUAUCCUUAUCAGUGUAAGAUUAUCUUUUCCAGUUGUUCAUUAGUUUAUUUUUCCUAACCGUCCCGGGAUGAUUAUAGUAUUGGGUUAGGCUUGUUUCAUUUGAUUAAUCUCUACAAUCAUUGGUGCUUUAUUAAUAGUGCACUGUAUUUAAAGACUUUUGUUUUAAAAUCAAAUACAUAUUCCAUCGAUCUAAUAAACAAAAAUAGUAUUCAUCAAUAAGCCAUUCAAUUUUUAAACAUACACGAAAUGAAACUUAAUGUAGUCGAUAUGAUU